AUGCAUUCAAUUCUAACAAAACUAAAAAUUCAAUUUGGAGAAUCAAUUCGUUCUAUAUAUACAACAUCGAAACAACUGUAUCCAUUGAUACCAAUUGUUGUUGAACAAAGUGGACGCGGUGAACGAGCCUACGAUAUUUAUUCAAGAUUAUUAAAAGAACGAAUAAUAUGUUUAAUGGGACCAGUGAGAGGAGUGAUUACGGCCGGCUUGGGGAUCUAUGAUACAAUGCAAUAUGUGACCCCACCAAUUGCAACCUGGUGUGUUGGACAAGCAUGUUCAAUGGCAUCUUUGCUGCUCGCAUCUGGUACACAUGGAAUGAGACAUUCAUUACCAAAUUCAAGAAUUAUGGUUCACCAACCAAGUGGGGGUGUACAGGGUCAAGCAAGUGAUAUUUUGAUCCAUGCUGAAGAAAUAUUGAAACUGAAAAAGAAUGUUAAUCGUUUGUAUGUAAAACAUACUGGACAAUCUGCAGAAGAUAUUGAAAAAAUGAUGGAACGAGAUAAAUUUCUUAGCCCUGAAGAUGCUAAACGAUAUGGUUUAAUCGAUCGAGUUCUUGAACAUCCAAUAAUAGCAGAUAUGAAAAAAGAUGAUAAAAACCAGGAUGAAUCGCCGGUAGGAAAUCAGUUAAGAGGAUAA